AUCCUGCUCCCUCCUUCUGGUGAGCACAGCAUAGCAACAGUGAGAGGACACUAGCCUGCCUGCUGCUCAAAGCCUGCUGUCACAGUGAUGAAGUCCAGCAAUGUUCAGGGAAAAAAAGUUGCCAUUGUCGGAGGAGGCCUGGUGGGUGCAUUAAAUGCAUGUUUCUUUGCUAAACGAGGUUUCCAUGUUGAUGUUUAUGAAGCCAGAGAAGAUAUCCGGGUGUCCAGCUUUGCCCGUGGAAGAAGUAUUAACUUGGCCCUGUCACAUAGAGGACGCCAGGCCCUGCAGGCUGUGGGGUUGGAAGAGCAGAUUGUGUCCAAAGGUAUCCCCAUGCACGCACGGAGAAUACACACGCCACUGGGGAAGAAGUACUCUAUCCCUUAUGGCAAGAAGAACCAGUACAUUCUCUCUGUGGACAGAGCAAACUUAAACAGAGAGCUGUUAACAGCUGCUGAGAAGUACUCCAACACUAAACUGUACUUCGGACACAAGCUAAUAGAGUGCAAUGCAGAGUUGGGGACAUUAAUCAUUAAAAGGUCCGGCCAGCUACCCCUGGAAGUCACCUACGAUCUCAUUGUGGGAUGUGAUGGAGCCUUCUCAACAGUCAGAAAGCAGUUCAUGAGGCAAACACGCUUCAACUACAGCCAUGAGUACAUCCCACAUGGCUACAUGGAGCUGACCAUCCCUCCCAAGGAUGGAGAUGACAAGUCUUUCACCUGCACUCUCUUCAUGCCCUUUGAGGAAUUUGAGAAGCUAAUGACUGGAGAGCAAGUACUGGAUUUUUUCCAGACCUACUUCCCAGACUCCAUUCCCCUCAUCGGAGAGCGAGAGCUGAAGCAUGACUACUUUUUGCUGCCAGCCCAGGCCAUGAUAUCUGUGAAGUGCUCCUCCUAUCACCUCUCUUCCCGUUGUGUGCUGAUGGGAGAUGCAGCUCAUGCUGUUGUGCCUUUCUACGGACAGGGCAUGAAUGCAGGUUUUGAGGAUUGCCUGGUCUUUGAUGAAUUAAUGGAACAGUUCCACAAUGACCUGGGUGCCUGCCUCCCCGAGUUCUCCAGGCUGAGGGUGCCCGAUGACCAUGCCAUCUCAGAUUUAGCCAUGUACAACUACGUAGAGAUGCGAGAGCAUGUCAAUUCGACAUGGUUCAUUUUCCGGAAGCAGAUCAACAACCUCCUCCACACCCUCAUGCCUUCUACCAUCAUCCCACUGUACACAAUGGUGACAUUCAGCAGGAUUCGCUACCAUGAGGCGCUUCAGCGCUGGAAAUGGCAGGAAAAGAUAAUUAAUCGAGGGCUCUUCAUCAUGGGGGCAGCAGGGCUGGGCGGCACCUACCUGCUCAUAAAGAGACUGACACGGGACUGGUACUUCUUCAUACCAAACUUGUGGGGCUGGUGCAAUUACAUCAAGAAUAUAGGAAAUUUUCCUUUUAGCACCCAAUUUGCACAAAUGUAACAGAAGGUUCUGGGGCAAUAAAAGUGAAGGCACAGGCUGUUGGCUCAGCUUGGUGACUUUUUUCUCUGUUGGGAUGAGGUUCCUUCUGUCCCCUGCCCCCAGGGGUGAGAAACUCACUGGGGCACAGAGGGUUCAUAUGCAUCUCUGCCUAAUUUAAGCUGCUUUGUGUUUCGAGUGAUGCUGCAUGUCAUAGGCUGGGCAUAGGGCUUGUGUGCAGUAAUGGGAAGAAUGUGCAGCCUCUAGCCAGAAAGACAGUUGGGAUCACUUGGGGCUUCUCAGUCCUCCCUGAGACUGUGCCACUAUGGCUGACUUCUGCUCGUAUCAGAACCCAGUGCCUCCCUACUUUUAUCUUCCUCAUAUAUCUUUGGAACUAGAUUAUCUUUUCUAGUUUCUCCUCUUUAAUUUCUCCUUAUGAACCAGCUUAGUAACAUAUAUCUGUUGAAGAAACAUAUCCUUGACUCAAUGUUGAUAUUUCUGCCUAAAUAAAUAAAAAGAUAUCACAAACUUUGAAAAAAUA